AUGCCGUCCAUCUCCUUCAGUUACGCCGUCGCCCCGCCAGAGGGCAUCACCUGCUCCACUCCCGCGACCAAGUCCCAGUCCGUCGACUUCACGCCGGGCAAGUCGGACCGCAGCGCCACGAAUGCGUACUACGAGGCCGCUACGCCGGCUCUCCGUGAGGCGCAGCUGCGUCUCAACGAGCUCUUGACAGAGUGGAAGGACGCCGUCGGUGACGCCGAGAAGCAGAAGGAGGACCGUGGCAAGGUCGCGUACGGCAAGGGCAAGGCUGCGCGCCUCAUGGAGAUGGCGAAGAAGGACGAGGCGAGCGACGACAGCGAGGACGAGGACGAUGAGGAUGAGAGCGCCUAA